AUGGGUAAUAUUGUUACACCAGACCAAGGUUUACUACCGUUGCCGGCUUACGGUAGUGGAGUCAUCACUCCGUAUCCGUGGUGGCUCAACACUGCUUUAGCUAUAUGGGCUCUAUUGGCUUUGCUUUGUUGUUGGUUGUUACUACUUCUCUUCCUUUUACGUUACUGUUGUCGAUGGUGGCGACAUCGCAACUAUGCAGCUGAUCGUAAAUCAUUGCGCGAAAGAUUUUUGAAUGCAACUUAUGCACAAGAUCUAAAUAAUCUAUAUAUUGCAAACAAUCAACGCCUUGCAAUAGCUCCCUUACCCCCAGUUCCGCCUUAUGUUGUACAAGCCGGUAGUGAUGCCAACUUUCGAGAUAUUCAUGAACGUCGUAUAGUUGAAGAUGAAUUUUAUGUUGGCGCAACUCCUUAUGUAACAGCGAUAGUUGAAGAUGCUGAAAAUGACGUAUUUGAAUCUGGUUCGGAAUUUAUUUCUGAAGAAGAAAUUCAAAAUCAUACAACCAAUCCGUUUAGUCGCCGUCCGGUAACGGUUAUUGCUGAUGAGUCAUCCGGAGGCGUUAAGGAAAAUAUCGAAACUAAUGUUCAACGUAAUAUUACAAAGAAUUAUUACAUAAAUGAAGAGCAAAAUUAUUUUAUUCAAAACGAUCCUCCAUUACGUGAAACAUCAAAUCAUUUACAUGAUCAAGAAAUUCAACGACUUCCAGGACCAACAGUAACAACAGUUAACAUGGCUGCUGAGCGUAUUGCUGAAAAUCCAAAUUGGGAAAAAGCAAGUGUAAAUGAAAAUUUUAAUAAUGAAGAUCCGAAAAAAGCAGCUUCCGAAAUUGUAAUCAAUGAUCCGUCACUACUCAAUCAAAAUGUUAAAUAUGAAAAACAACCAAAUAUUUACAUGCAUCGGCCUGUUAUUCCGGAAGUUCGACGUAUUCCUAAUCGAAAAUUAGGAGGAAAAAUGUCUCGAAGAACUGAUGAAGAUUCAACAACCAGUGAAAUGAGUGGACAUGAUUCCGAAUCAGUCUAUGAGACAGUUCGUGUUUUCACACCAAGACGACAACCUUUACCGACAUUGGAAGAUGAAGAUGAAUAUAAAACAGCGGGUGUCGAUGAAGUCGAAAUUGAAAUUAAAGAUCUUGUUCGGAUACAAAAAUCAAAUGAGACAAGUAGUAGUAAUAUAUAUGAGAGCAUUUUAUCACCCUCGUCAUCCGCACUGAAUAACUUAAUAGUGGCAAGUAAUUCUCAACAAGAUCAAGCUAAUGAUAUUUCAGGUGCCGAAGAAAGUGAAAAAACCGUUACAGAAACUGUUAAAACUCAACAAAUGCAAACAACAGUUCGUCAAAUAGGACAAAAUAUUGAGGAAAGUACACUUUUUAUUCCAUCGGCGUCAUCGAUGGUAUAUCAAGAAGGAAAACAUAUUCAACAACGACAAAAUGACGAUGCAAGAAUCAUUAUUCCAGUCUCAACAACAACGAUCGCCUAUGAAAAAAAACGAACAUUAGAACAUUUUUAA